AUGGACAUUGAUGCUACGGACAGAGAUAGGACUUGUUUUUUGUGUGCCGAAAUUCCUCACAAUGCAGUUAGGUUGGAUUGCUGGAGGAGACAAGAUGGAAACAAAUUCCCAAUUCCAGCUUGUAGGACCUUCGUUUGUGCCUACCCCAAUACCAAAGGAAGAAAAAACUGUGUCACACAAUUCCUCUCUAAUACUGGGGCAGAAGAUUACUAUAGUUUUGUUCGUUGGAAUGAUAGUCUAAGGGCACUGGAGUACUUGGACAAGCGAAAACCGGAGUCUAGUAAUUGGAUUGUUGGCAAAUGUCCUAUCUGCCAGGGACAUAUCCGAGGUGUUGAAGUCAUUGAUAACGUGAGACAAUACUACAAUGCACAAGUAAGAGAGUGCCACUAUAAUGACUGUAAAUUUGAAGGAAAUUUUAUUGCUAUGCAACAUCACGUGCUAGAAUAUCAUCAUGACCCACCUCUGGAAGAGGAGGAAUGGGUUAUACCGCAAUAG